UUUAGGAUGCCAUUCCUGCUGUAUAUCCUAGCUCUGCUUCUCCCUACAUCUCUCUCAGUUCCUUUCUUCUUCAAGGAUCAACCUCAGGACAUGGUCCUUCAGGAGGGAGAGGAGGCAAGGUUAUAUUGUAUAGUGGACCCCCUUCCAGCUGGAGCCACAUUUACCUGGUACAAGAGCGACGAGUUCAAAGUUGAAGAAAGUGUCAUCGAGAAAUUUACCCAGGAGAAACUAGAACCGUUGUCAGAGUUCCAAACCUCCGUGUUGUCCUACAUGAGUGUGUCUAGAGACGCUACUGGUUACUACCACUGUAAGGUCCAGACCACUGAACCUGCCUAUAGGAUAUUCAGUAGCACAGCUCAUGUUGUGGUAAACUACUUCGACUCCCCCGCUGACACUAUAGUAUCUGAGACGGUCACUCUAACCGACAACAAACCUGAAGCAUAUUUAGAGUGUGAUAUUGUCACAAGCUCACCAGAAAUGGAUGUUACGUGGAAAAAGAACGGUCAAACCAUUGCUGAUAAGCGCAUGUUUGUCUUUCCCGAGAAACAAUUUGGUGCGAGGACCGUAGAAAGGGGUACCCUCCUAAUAAUGAACGUUGAUAUGGAUAAGGAUGCCGGGCUAUAUGAGUGUUACACUGUUACUAAAGUCGAAGUCGAUGGAGUGAAGCAACAAUUGUUGCUGAGUUCUUAUCAGGUGAAAACGUCUCGUGGUUUUGACACGCCUAAGGAUCUAGUACCCAUCCCUCUGUUCGAGUCUUUCUCCCAGACGGGUGGAGCUGUCGAAAUUUCAUUAGGUAGCCGAGUAACUCUAAUCUGUGCUGCUAGAGGGUUCCCUACUCCCGAGUACGAUUGGUUCAUGGUUGGAGCAUCGGGCGAGGUUGCCAUCAGAGGCUCUGAUUCUCUUCUUUUAGAGGACAACAACAAACGUCUUGUUGCCAGUAACAUAGACGCAGAUACAAGAUACAAGUGUGUGAUGAGUAAUUCCGCUAACGGACGGGAGAACGAGAGGGAGACUAACUUCUACAUUACCAUUACUGAGGCCCCCGCUGACUACAGUAUUACUGUUACUCAAAUCCCCGCUAAGAACCAUGUUCUUAAACCUAAUCAGUACACACCCUUCACAUUGGAGUGCUAUGUGGAGAAGACCGGCCAGAAUCAGAUUCUUUGGCUAAAGAACGGAGAAAAGAUGAAAUGGAACGCUCGGUUCACCACAGAUUACUCGGAUAAGGAGAUCGAUGGGGUCAUGUCCAAGGGGAGCACUCUCACUUUCGAGACUUCUAAUGAGAGUGACAUUGGUGUAUACCAGUGUGUUAUUGUGAACUCGAAAAGUUUGAAGACCGAGACUGCGUAUGUGACUCUUGAAAAAGAUUCCCUUUCAUACGACAUUGAUUCCAGGCAACCUAAAUAUUUCUACCUUGCUGGACCAUAUCAUGUGGACGAAGCGGAAGAAGCUUGUAACAACGAGAAAGCACAUUUAGUCAGCAUAUUAGAUGAGAAGGAGAAUAGUAAAGUCCAGCAACUUGCUGCACAAAAUAGUGCGAACAGUGUUUGGAUCGGACUAACGAGGGAAGUACCGGAGCCAGUUGGAUCCUGGGCCUGGACUCUGUCCGAGGAUACUGCCACUACAUUUAGUAACUGGGAUAAUGAUAAGCCUGAUAACAAGUACGGAGCUCAAGAGUACACGGUUAUGUCACAAAACAACGGGAAGUGGGUGGAUGUUAAUAAGAACAUGAAGCGACCUGCUGUUUGUAAGAAAUACGAGGUCGUUUGUAGGUCUAUAGACGAGUCUUAUAGAGGACGAGUCAGGGCCCGAGGCUGGGAGUCAGUCGGUGCAACCUAUGAGGUAGGGCAACAAGUUGAAGUCUUCUGUCGCUUCCCCGGAGAAAAGGCACUGAGUGUUACAGCAGUCACAUGUGGACAAAACCGAGAGUUCUCCCCAGAAAUCUCACUCGACGAGUGUCCACAAGUUGACUCCUCCACCCCUUCCCUCCAUAUAUCCUCAAUUCUUUUAAUUAUCACUUUAAUAAUACGUGCUCUGAGGACAUCUUGAAGUCCUUUCCUCACCCAAAGUUAUAGUUAUAUUGUUCUAAUUUUGAUAGGGUUUAAGGUAUUAAUAAUGCUUCGUGAUGAAGGUUGCAUUUUUCCAACUUUGCAAAAUGAGUUUCAAGCGGGAUGGUUGAAAUAGCCGUCCAUUCGUUUGAGAGUAUCUUAAACCAAGAAAAGACUUCACAUUGAACAUUUUAGGGAACUUAUUUUUGAAUUAGAUCAAAUCUGAGACACAAACUGAUGUUUAAAGCUCAAAAAUCUUGUCGGCAUUGAUGGGAUGCAGUGUGACAUGUCACAUGACUUAUUUAGGGCUGGAUUCAAUAAACUAGCAUUUUUAAUCUCUUUCAGUAUGAUAUGAUAAAAUAUUCCCUCAAGGUUUUGAUACGUAGGAAAAUGUCUUUGGUUAAAUUUAUUUAUAAGCCCAGCAGUAUUUCCGACUGUUUUUAACUUUAUAGGUAUUUUAACAUAGUUGGAUACCGCAACUAGCAAAUGUUGUGUGUGAUCAAGGAAAAUACUUAGUAUCAUUAAUGGGCACUAUGUUUCUGUUAACUCUAAAAUCAUCAUAUUUGGACAGGUGCGUCAAAAAUAUUAUUUACAAAAUAUCGUGGUAAAUAUAAAUUGAAUUUCAUGCGAUAUGUGAUAACAGCGACAGCGAUCUACAGUGUUAGAUGAUAUCUUCGGCUUUAAAAAGUGUUAAUUUUUCACAUAUUCCACUAUUCUACUGUGUGUCAGAUGACAGAUGAGCAAUUUAUCGAUUUUUAAAAAUUAUGAUUUUUAAACACUCAUAGAGCGGUCCCCUAAAGGUCCAAGAGAAUUUAUAAGCGUAAUCACGAAUCAAGCCAUUCCUUGGUAAGAUUGAAAUCAGACUAUGUAUGUAGCAACAUACAGUUUCACUGAAAUCGCCUAAAACAUUUUGUGACGAUCUUCAUCUGCUUGUUUUAAACCUAAGAAAACGAUUCAUUAUUCUGAACUUUCACAAUAUUUCUAAACUUACAGUAAAUAUUUAACUCUAAGUGCACCUAACCAUGGUAACAUGUAACCAUGGUAACAUGCAUAACUGUAAUACUGACGGGUUUUUGUUGAGGGAUCUAGCUAACGGCAAAUGAGUUGAUGCUAUGCUAAUCUUUGUUUGUAUAUAUACACUUUUUGUAAUUUUAAAGCAUGAGCUAUUUCAUUAUUUUUAAUAAGUUUUAAAAUUACAUGUUUUUU